AUGGUAGCGCUAUCUGUUGGAGAAAAGAACUUUAUUAAGGGUGGUAUUGCUCAGGAUCUGCGCAAUGAUGGUAGAAAACGGCUAACUUAUCGACCUAUAUAUGUUGAAACAGGUGUUAUUCCUCAGGCAAAUGGAUCUACAAGAGUCAAGUUUGGUGCAAUUGAUGUUAUUGCCAGUGUCAAGGCAGAACUUGGAAUGAGGGUAAGGUUUGUGUACACCCUACCCUCCCCAGACCUCACUUGUGGGAUUACACUGGGUUUGUUGUCAUUGAAAGACCAUGUGUAUUCAAAAUUUGAUGUACUGAAACUUUAG